UGUUCGGGUAGUUGCCAGUGAGGUGCUACCAUGGGUGACUACCAGACAAUACGUCUGGCCAUGAUAUGUCUAGCCAUUAUAGGCAUUGGCCUCUCUGUCUACGCUUUAUAUGUCGAAGUUUCUAAAGAAAAUGAUAAAGAUUACCAGGCAAUGUGUGACAUCAGUGCCUCCAUCUCCUGCUCCAAGGUAUGGUCGAGGUUUUGGAAUAAUUGGAGAACUCCUAGGUCAAGACCAUGUAUUAAACCAACCCAACAGCAUUCCUGGUAUCAUCUUCUACUUUCUCAUUAUUUUCCUUGGGGAAAUGAAGAGCCUGAAGACGGCCAAGGUGCAGCGGGCUGUCAUAAGUCUUUCAAACUUGAUGAGCAUUUAUCUGGCUUACCUUCUGUAUUUUGUGCUUAAGGACUUUUGUAUUGUUUGUGUCAGCACUUACACUAUCAACAUUCUCCUCACUGUCUUGGCAUUUAUGCGUGUCUCUGCUCUCCAGAGACUUAAAAAUGCUAAGAUCAAAUAAUUACAAGAAAUUGGUGAUAUUAAAAGCUAAAAUUAACAUUCACUGAUACAAUUUAGUACCUGUUCCAUUUAUUAUUGGUACAUGUCAUAUCUUUAUGUACCUUUCUUAUGUUACAUAGUGAAAAGAAAUGCUAAUUUUGUAGAGACUCGAUUGAUGUAAUGUUUAUUGGUUGAGAACAUGGUUUAUGUAUUUACAGUAUUGUUAUUUUUUUGCAGUAAUCAUAAUCAAUAAAAAAAGAAGGUAUGUUUAGUAAAUGCAUUCCAUAUAGGUUGUUACUACAGCAGCAGGCCAAUCUAUUUUUCUUUCUUACUUCCUGUAUAGGUUACUAAUAUUUGGUUACACAUACAUGUACACGUACUAGAGCUAGGACAAUACAAACAUGAAAUCCACAAAAGUUUACAAUAUCCAAUACAAAUAGCUAUAUGAUGGUAAACAUCAGUAGUGUAAGCCUGAUAUACUUAGGUUGUAAUAAUUUUAUUAAAUGUGUUGUGUUGUAAUAAUAGUAAUACUAUUAUCAAAUAUACUCAGGAAUAGGUCAGAAAUGCACUUAAGCUCAUUAUUUAAUAUAGAAUUUUUUUAUUAAGUCUUUUUCUUCAGUCAAUAUAUCUGUACAUUAACAAUAUAAAAAAUAUCUGGUAGGUAAAAUUAUGGCACGUUAUAAAUAAUUAUUUACAUUUCAGUUUUUUCAAAACAAUGUAAACCCAUUCAGUAGUUUGAGAUACCUCUUCUCCUGUAUAAAUUACUAAAUUUAAAAAGAGAAACAUUCGUUUUUCUUUUUGGGCCACCCUACCUAGGUGGGAUAUGGCCGGUUUGUUGAAAGAAGAUUUACAUUAAUAACUGUAUGGGAAAAUGAAACAGAAUUCUUCCUCUCUAAGCCAUGUAUAUCAUAAGAGGUGACUAAAAUGCUGGGAGCAAGGAGCUAGUAACCCCUUCUCCUGUAUAAAUUACUAAAUUUAAAAAGAAUAACUUUUUUUUUUUUUUAGGCCACCCUGCCUUGGUGGGAUAUGGCCAGUUUGUUGAAAAAAAAUUGCAUUAAUAUUCUUAAGAACUAUAGACCAUCUGCUUUGAUGAGAAAAUAAUACAAUAUUGGAUAGAUAAUGAUAAACAUAAGACAUGC